UGCUAUGUACUUUAUUUAGUGGAUGAAUGAAUGAAUGAUUAUGUCUGAAGAACCUAUCGCUCGCCAUCACUUACCUACUACCUAAGUGUCCGCCCGAAAAUUCAGUUUUUAUAAUAAACUAUGUAUACUCUCUUGAGUACUGUCGUAAGCAAACACCGGAACCUGUAUAACGCGAAAACAUAAAUUCCUGUUGGAGGAAUAAACGGGACUGGUUUGGCAUGUGUAUGCGCGUGCGCAUGCGCCUUCGUCCGUGAAGACGCGCGCGAGAGACGGCGACCUCAUCACGCUUGCGAGUGUUCUAUUUGUGUUCGCCUUCGUCACUUUGUACGCCUUCAGUCAGUUGCAAAGCUGAAUCGGCCGCCCAGUGCGUUUUCACUAUCGGUGUGAGAAGUUAAUUUGCUGAAACCGGUAGCGGGCGGCCGCCAUGGCUGCCCAGCCAUCGCGUAAACCUCCCGAUAAUGUGCUAUUUCGUGGUCCACCGCCUUCAUUGCCCCCAAUAGUUCUCUUACCGAAUAAUUUAUCAUGUGACAGUGCCAAUGAAAAUACUCUAAAGAACGCUAUCCUUGAAUCAACUGAAUACCCGCAUGGCUUAAACGAAAUAAACAACGUUGGAUUGCCAACUUUAGAUGAUCAAUACAAUGAAAUUAUAAAUCACAACAUGUCCGGAGGCAAUAGUGAUGAUUAUUGUUACAUCAACUUUAUACGAAGAGGUAGGAGUUUAAACGAUAUUGUAUCGGAUUUGUAUUAUGCUAGCACUACAGAAGAAAGCGAUAUAAGCAAUAUAUUAACUAGGUGUAGAUCAGAGCCAGAUCUUUCUAAGUAUGAUUUGUAUCUUGAAGCUGAUGUUGUGGUAGAUAAUUCUGGGAUACAAGUUCCACCAUCACUAGUUCUUAAUAACCCCUUUUACGACAAUUCUAAUGCAUAUAAUAAUCCUCAUAUUAACCAAAAUAUGGUUGUAUUACCAGAAAAUUAUUUAGCCUUCGAGGACUCUUUUGUACCUUCCUGGGAUUAUAAACCAGAACUUCUCGUAGAUAAAGAUAUUAACACAGGAAUGUAUUACGACGGAUUACCUCUCAUACCUUCAAAUGAUCCCUGGUCACUUUACAACUCUAAUAACAAUCCUUACGAAUAUUAUUCACCCCAGUUUGAUAUGCCUAUUGCUGAUUGUAUGCAAUAUACGAGACUAAAUGAAUUAGAUUUUGGAAUACCGCAAUUCAUGAAUUUGCCACCGGAAGAAGCUAUUAAAAUUAAAGAAAUUGAUAUCAAUGAAGACGAUGCUUGUACGUCAGGGGGUACAGACACAAUAAAAGAUAAUUUUGAAGAUGCUCAAGUAGUUGCCCAAUUAAUACCUUCUCUUUCACCUGUCAAUAAGGAGGAUAACAAGGACAGUAUUAUAGAUUCUUUAACAAAUCGGGAAUCGUCAAGAAUCAGCGACGAAGAGUCAUUGAAUGCAGACACAUCAGUAGAUGUUACAUCUAGCUUAGCAUUCAUACCAAGUAGUAAAAGUUCAGUGAGACCAACCCACUGCUCAGACGAUACCAGCGACGACACUUCGCCGUGUUCUUCUGAUUAUCAUGAAGCUUCUGCACUUGACUUAGCAAACAGUUUAGAAGAGUUGUCGUGUGAUAGUGACGAAUUUUCACAAAGCAAAAGUGACCCUUCGCCCCUGUAUAUAGAGGAAAAUAAUAAAUUAGUUAAAAGUGAUUCCCAAGUGGAAUGCAAUAACAAUUUAUUAACGUCUAAUAAAAUACCAGUUACAGUGCCAUUAAGUCAACUACCAUGCAUACCUGAUAUAAAGUCCUUAGAAAAUGAGCCCGAAGUAGGACCAACUCACUCCCAAAACAAAGAUGUAAAUAUAUCAAAUAAUACGGUGCAGAAAGUGUCUAACAGUGGCACGCCUAAAGAGGUUGAUCAAAUUAGUAAAGUGUCUACCGUCGUUUCUCCAAAAGAACCAAUACAAGUGAAGCCAAUAAAGCCAAUACCACAGCGUCCUCGUCCACCCGCAGUGCCUCCAGCUUGGUUGACCAAGCCUAGUAUAAAUGCUGUGAAUCAGAAUGUACCACAGAUUAACUUGCAAAACGCAGAAGGGUCAACAAAAAUACUAAAUAUACCAAAGAAGUUACAACAGACCAGUCAACUGAAACCUGAACCCCAGCCGUCUUGCUCCUAUGUACCUCCACAACCCCAGCAGGCACAAAUGUCGCAAAUGAAACCUGAUAAGCAACCGAAAGAAGUAGAGAGCUCCCGUGCACGCUCCUCCGUCAAGGACGACAAGGAUGGACACCUGGUCUACUGGCCCGGAUAUGUCAUGGGAGCAAGAUACAAAAUCAUCGACACACUCGGUGAGGGCACAUUCGGCAAGGUGGUGGAGGUGAAAGACUUGGAAAUGGAACACAGAAUGGCUCUGAAGAUUAUUAAGAACGUCGAGAAGUACAGAGAGGCUGCAAAACUAGAAAUUAAUGUUUUGGAGAAUUUGGCUGAGAUUGAUCCAGAUUGUAAGAAUUUGUGCGUGAAAAUGUUGGAUUGGUUCGAAUACCACGGACACAUGUGCAUCGCGUUUGAAAUGCUCGGACAGAGUGUGUUCGACUUCCUGAAAGACAACAGCUACCAGCCCUACCCGCUGGAACAAGUGCGACAUAUCGCCUACCAGCUGAUAUACAGCGUGCUCUUCCUUCACGACAAUAAACUCACACACACAGAUCUCAAACCAGAGAACAUCCUGUUUGUAGAUAGCGAUUAUGAAGUCGUCUCUGUAUAUAGUAGUUCUAAGAAGAAGCACGAGCUGCGUCGCGUGAAGCGCAGCGACGUGCGCCUGAUCGACUUCGGCAGCGCCACCUUUGACCACGAGCACCACAGCACCAUCGUGUCCACGAGGCACUAUCGGGCACCAGAGGUCAUCCUGGAGCUGGGCUGGUCGCAGCCGUGCGACGUGUGGUCCAUCGGGUGCAUAAUGUUUGAGUUGCAUCUGGGCAUCACCUUGUUCCAGACGCACGACAACCGAGAACACCUCGCCAUGAUGGAGAGGAUCCUCGGACCCAUUCCUUACAGAAUGGCAAGAAAAACGCGAACAAAAUACUUUUAUCACGGCAAAUUAGAUUGGGACGAAAAGUCAUCAGCUGGCAGAUAUGUUAGGGAUAAUUGUAAACCUUUAUUGAGAUACAUGGCCAACACAAGUGAGGAACAUCGUCAAUUGUUCGAACUGAUCGCUCGGAUGUUAGAAUACGAGCCCCUUCAACGCAUCACGCUACGAGAAGCACUCAACCACCCUUUCUUCAGCAAACUGCCGCCGCACCAGAGGCUAGGACACCCGUUUGCAAGAGCAACAUGUUUUAGGCAGUGACCGCGCGCGUUGCAACGGCGAAGGGUCCGGUUCGCGUGAGCGGUCGCAUUCGUUGAGUAGGUGAGGCGGUCGAGUCCGCCCGCUCUCCCCCGCUCCACGCCGCCCCGAACACCGGAAGUAAGAAGUGACGUCGCCGAUGACGUCACCUCCUGAAAAAUCGAGGCGGCCACGGCUGAUCCGCUCCCCGCGGCGUCGUUGUAUAUAGACUUGUACAUUAUGAAGUGAUAAGUGAUAUUUUGUCGAACAUUAGAUAAUUUUAUGUUGUGAAUCGGUACUUCUCUAUGUAUUUAUAAAUAAAGACUGUUGGUCUCAUUUCA